GUCUCGUGAUCCUUUGCGGAAGAAGGGAUUUCAGGCACAGUGACAACACACAGACAGCUAACAUCAACAUUAACCCACUAUAGUCUCCGUGUUUAUCUUUAUCACGACACCGUUCAGCCCAGACAUGGACGGAUCAGUCAGAGCAGCUCCAGACGCCGGACCGCCGGCUUAUUACAGAGGAAAUGAAAGCUCCCUGGUUUCAGCCCUCAAGACACUGCUGUUCUUCACCAUCCUGAUGGUGACCCUUCCCAUUGGACUCUACUUUGCAACAAAGGCUUACCUUUUCGAGGGUUCCAUGAAGAUGUCAAGCUCUGACAGCUACUUCUAUGCAGCCAUUGUUGCAGUGCUCGCUGUGCAUGUAGUUUUGGCUUUGUUUGUUUACGUGGCCUGGAAUGAAGGCACGCCUAAAGGGAAGGGCAAAGACGAUUAAGGCACGUCCUUAUCAGCUCGUAAAAGACCGGAGGAGACGGACAGACACGGGCAUGGAUCCGCAGCCCCCCCCCAAUCCUCCAUCAUGGGCUCCAGCACCAUCUACCAACCAGACAGUUAGGGGAUCUGGUUUGCGCUUAGGCUUUAACACAAGGUUAAAGCAUGAAUCUACUGUAUUACUCCCCGGCACAGGGGAGUGGAGGCUGUUGGGUGUGUUUUUUCACCAGCCUCAGCAGGCCCACUUUAUGACUUUUUGUUCUCGGAAAAUGUGAUUUUUGUUGACAGAGGAUGGCCCCUUAUUUUAAAGAGGCUUUGUUAUAAGCUGCCAUUUGGCUACGUGCUAUAAGAUCCUUCACAAUUAAGAUUUUGUCGUGUAGGAAAACAUCUUUUGGAUGAUGCGUUCAUCCACACGCACACACUUAUACACACACACACACACCUACUCAUACACUGUACGGGCUUGCAAUAUGUAUGCAUAAAGGAUUCGACUCCAAAAUGCUCUACAUCCAUUCUGUGAGUAUUUGUGCUGCUGAAUUGAUCAUUCUGUCCUCUAAUUUCAGUUAUUAUCCGCCCACAUUUGAAGAUGACCCUUAACAUCGAUACAAACCCAUAAUGUGUUUAACUUUCAUGCCGUAUUUUGGAGCAAAAUUUUCAUGACGUCUUGUCUUUAAAAUAAUCAGACUUGUCUAUUUCGUCCUUGUGUCUUUCGCUCUGUUUUAAAGUGUGUGUCUGUAAUGUAGCUCAGUGGUAUUUUGGAACUUUGAAUUAGAAAAUUAUUGCAAGAUCAAUUUGUAUUUAAAGGAAUGAUUUGUAUAUGAAGAUGUCUGGUGAUUUGAGGAUGUUGUCGGUGUGAUGCGGAUGAGAAUGUUGACUUGCUCAAAUAAAUUUGAAAAAAUUAA